AGUGCAACCCUGUCGUUCGGCUUCCAUGGCUUUACGCGACGACUGAAAACAUCAAAUCUGCGACAAAUAGUUGCAUCGAAUUUUGACGAAUAUCUUGCAUGGGCAGCUACAUUUUGUGAAUCAAUAAUUACGUGUGCGUAACGCGCCAAUCAACGACAAUGGACAUGGACCUUACACUGGACGAAAUUAUUGAGCAGAAGCGCGAACACAACCCCCCACGGAGCAAUGGCAAAAAUCUCCAUGUUAACCACGUUCAAAUGAAGCCACGCAAGUGGAUCAACAAGACCAACCAGCCGGGCCAGCACCAGCGCCCCUACGACGCCCGCAACAAGAUCAUCCAGAAGACGCGCGCUAAAAUUGUCGACGCACGCGACAUACUCAAUCAGAACAGACGCGACUCCGGCAUCGAUGCCCGUAACAUGCUCAUCGAGCGUAAGAAGGAGCGAAUGGCAAUGCCACUGCCACUGCCACCGCAGCAGUCAUCGCGAUCGCAACCGCGAGUGACCACUAUUGGUGGUGGUGCUGCUGCAGGUGGCGCUAUCAUCCACAAGGGACGUUUUGGACAGCGCACAAUUACCAUGAGUAAUCGAGGUGAUGAGUUGGUUGCAACGCCCUGGUGGGAUCCCAAAGACCAAAUUGGGUCCCAUGGCGGCUACAAGUCUAACUCAUGCGCCUCGGAAAUGAUGGGUCGCUUAAACGCGUCUGCCAAACCGUUUGUGCCGCGCGGCUACGUCGACUAUGACAACAUGCAGCAGCUUGAAGAUGAGGAGAUUUCACGCACGAUGCACUUGAGCAACCAGCCAGUAAGUGGUCUGGGACGCUCUUAUGUUGGCUAUGACGUGGAUAUGGAUGGUGUGGAUAUAACAUUGCCACCCAGCAACACAAUGGACAACGAUCCCUUUUCAAUUUACGAAACGUCGCGCAAUCGUUUGGAGCGUCCGUCCAUGCCACCGCCGUCACAUGUCAGCCGUGGGGAUAAUUUGGAUAAGCGAUUUGAGCGCCGUCAGCGCAAUUUGGUGACCACAUCCAAAUUGCCAGAGUCGCUGCGAGCGCGUCUAUUUGGUGCCCAACCAGAUCGUCGCGUCUCCCAUGGCAUCUAUGCCAAUGAGAAUGGCACUGUGUCGUCCAAGGCACAUAUGUCUGGACAGGCGUCCAUGUCCUCGAUGUCCAUGCACCAGCGUCGCAGUCCACCGUCGAUGUCGAUGCCGUUGCCGUUGAGCGUGGCAAAUAAUAAGCCCGGCUAUCGUCUGCUGGUGAGCAAUCUGCACACAAAUGUGACCACUUCCGACAUACGGGAGCUGUUCAAUGACAUUGGGCCCAUGUACGAUGCGCGCGUGGUGCGUCCGGGCACUGCGGAGGUCAUCUACAAGUCUCUGGAGCACGCCGAAAUGGCUGUGGAUGCCUAUCAUCAGCGUGAGUUCGAUGGCCAGCCCAUGCACUGUGUGCUGGUCAAUCCACACUCCUCCAAUCGUGUCACUCGCUCGGUCAGCUCUCGCACCGUUACCACAAACUCAUCCGGAGUGGAGGUGGAUAUUGAUGCGUUGCACUCGGUGCUCUUCCGGGAUCGCUAGACAAAAAAAAUCAGAAUUAAUAACAAAAGAAAAGAAAUUAAGUCGCGACCACCACUUAGGCAUUUACAACGUGGACCGACAUGCAUAAAUUAUAAACGCAUUCUUCUCCAUCUAAUACAAUUACCAACUCUUGUCACCUAUCCAAAUCUUAAAUCAAUAUUGCUGUACAACAAUGUUGUAUAUGCAUUGGCCUGACACACACACGCGAAUAAAUUGUCCAGCGAUCACAUUUAUAACCAAGUUUAAGUCAUUCUUCCAUACACUUUUGACGUAUUAUUUAUCUUGUAUUCUGUCUGUGUUCUCUGGGCACAUUGAUUUGUUAAAGUUAGACAAAACCACUUCAUCCGCUUUCACAUUUAGUAAGGGCAUCUUUUUUAUUUUUUUAUAUAGCAUUUAUAUUUUAAACAUUAAUCAACCUAUUCAAAGGAUAUAAAACAUUGAUUUGUAACAGAAUGAACAAUAACAAUGAAUUACAAAAAAUUAAAAUAAAUCCAGCGCUUUUCUUUGUUGUUUCGUUUCUUGUUUUAUGUUUAUUACAUAUUACAAAAAAUGUACAGUAAAUAUGUUAAGAUCGCAUAAAAUUAAUUCAUAAUAUUUAAGUAAAUGAAGAGGUGC